AUGUCGAUCGCCACAGUCACCAAAACGGGAAAAGUGUCCCAACAUGGUCUCGAGUGGGUCGAAAAAACAUUCGGCCUUGAGCCGCGAUGGACCGUUGAGCCUCAAAUUGAACAUAUCAAGCAGACAGUGAAGUCAUUCCGGCCAUCUAGUACGAUUGAGGUGACUUUCCUCACCCAAGGCGCAUUCAACAAGCUCUAUGACGUGAAGAUAGACAACGAGACAUUCAUCAUACGAAUCUCCUUACCUGUCGACCCGUCCCACGAAGUCGCCAGUGAAGUGGCAACGAUGGAUUGGAUACACCGCACCACUAGCCUUCCAAUCCCUAGAGUCAUAAGCUAUCAAUCAUCGGCAGACAACCAAAUCGGAUUUGAAUGGAUUCUUAUGACAAGAAUGCCUGGAAAGCCCUUGGCUGAUGUCUGGAAGUCCUUUUCCAUUCCCUUCAACGUGAAAUCCCGCCUAGUCAAGGAGUUAGCAGCAAACAUGGCCUGUAUUUUCCGAAACCAGCUACAAGGAAUUGGAAAUCUACACAGAAGAUCGCUUACACCUGAAGGAUCGCAAUCGGAUGAACAAACAAGCCCCACUAGAAAUCCCGAUACAGCAGGAACAGCUAGCCUAGCUGAGAGCGCGUCUAACGAUUCUAGCGGUAGCUCUUGGGAUGUGGGCCAAAUUGUCUCCAUGCAGUUCUUCUGGGGCUACCAUAUCCACCAGAAUGUUUACCGAGGCCCAUUUCAAUCCAGUAAAGAUUGGCUACUAUCUCGUCUGGCCCUAAAUGAAAAUGACUGUCAGUCAACUCUGGAGAAGCAUGCAGCCAAAGAUACCGAAGACCUUGAUAGCGACGAUGAAUCCGAGGUGGAAGAUGCAACAAGCGCGCUCAAAAGAAUCGAAAGGCUCAAAUCAAUUCUUCCUCUGUUUUUCCCAAUGAGUAGUGAUUCGGGAUUUUCGAAACCAUCAGUCAUGGAGCCGUCCGUCCUUUCACACGAUGACCUUUCGAGACACAAUAUCCUUGUCGAUGAGAGCGGAAAUCUGACUGCAGUCCUAGACUGGGAGUGUGUUUCAGCACUACCUUUGUGGAAGAGUUGUUAUUAUCCUCAAUUAUACAAGGGCGCCCCCGUCGAUGAGAGCCUGAUCGCAGCAACUAUUGGAGUGACCCUGAUGAUACUACCAAUGACGACCCCCCUGAUCUCUAUCUUCAAGACCUUUGGGAAUAUCAAACCACGCUCUUACGAGAUGUUUUCAUUGAUGAGAUGA